GAAUUCGAAUGGGAGAGGCGGGACGAAGGAGGGACUGGAAUAGACGCGGGGCCUAGGCGCAGCUGAGGCGACGCGAGAUGGCGGCCGCGGCGACCUCAGGAGCUGGUCGCUGUCGGCUAAGCAAGGUAGGGGCUGGAAGGCGCCCACCUCCAGCUCGAGUAAGGGUGGCUGUGCGACUGCGGCCAUUUGUGGAUGGAACAGCUGGAGCAAGUGAUCCCCCCUGUGUACGGGGCAUGGACAGCUGCUCUCUAGAGAUUGCCAACUGGAGAAACCACCAGGAGACUCUCAAAUACCAGUUUGAUGCCUUCUAUGGGGAGAGGAGCACUCAGCAGGACAUCUAUGCAGGUUCAGUGCAGCCCAUCCUAAGGCACUUGCUAGAAGGACAGAAUGCCAGUGUGCUUGCCUAUGGGCCCACAGGAGCAGGGAAGACUCACACAAUGCUUGGAAGCCCAGAGCAACCUGGAGUGAUUCCGCGGGCUCUCAUGGACCUCCUACAGCUCACAAGGGAGGAGGGAGCUGAGGGCCGGCCAUGGGCCCUCUCUGUUACUAUGUCCUACUUAGAGAUCUACCAGGAAAAGGUAUUAGACCUCUUAGACCCUGCAUCAGGAGACCUGGUGAUCCGAGAAGACUGUCGGGGAAACAUCCUGAUACCUGGCCUCACACAGAAGCCCAUAACUAGCUUUGCUGAUUUUGAGCGGCACUUCCUACCAGCCAGCCGAAACCGGACUGUAGGAGCCACCCGGCUCAACCAGCGCUCUUCUCGCAGUCAUGCUGUGCUCCUGGUCAAGGUGGACCAGCGGGAACGUUUGGCCCCAUUUCGCCAGCGGGAGGGGAAACUCUACUUGAUUGACUUGGCUGGCUCAGAGGACAACCGGCGCACAGGCAACAAGGGCCUUCGACUGAAAGAGAGUGGAGCCAUCAACACCUCCCUCUUUGUAUUGGGCAAGGUGGUAGAUGCACUGAACCAGGGCCUCCCUCGUGUGCCUUACCGGGACAGCAAGCUCACUCGCCUAUUGCAGGACUCUCUGGGUGGCUCAGCCCACAGCAUCCUCAUUGCCAACAUUGCCCCUGAGAGACGCUUCUACCUAGACACAGUCUCUGCACUCAACUUUGCUGCCAGGUCCAAAGAGGUGAUAAACCGGCCUUUUACCAAUGAGAGCCUACAGCUUCAUGUCUUGGCACCUGUUAAGCUGUCUCAGAAAGAACUGCUAGGCCCAUCAGAGGCGAAGAGAGCUCGAGGCCCUGAGGAAGUGGAAAUUGGAAGCCCUGAGCCCACAGCAUCCCCAGCCUCUGCCUCCCAGAAACUCAGUCCCCUGCAGAAGCUAAGCAGCAUGGACCCAGCCAUGCUGGAGCGCCUCCUAAACUUGGACCGUCUGCUGGGCUCCCAAGGGAGUCAGGGGGCCCCUCUGCUGAGUACCCCAAGGCGAGAGCGGAUGGUGCUCAUGAAGACAGUGGAGGAGAAGGACUUGGAGAUUGAGAGGCUUAAGAUGAAACAAAAAGAACUGGAGGCCAAGGUGCUGGCCCAGGAAGUUGCGGACCCAAAGGAGAAAGAGAAUUGCUCUCCCACAAUGCUCCGACCCCUUUCCCAUCGCACAGUUACAGUGGCAAAACCCCUGAAAAAGGCGGUGGUGAUGCCCCUACAACUGAUUCAGGAGCAGGCAGCAUCCCCAAAUACUGAGAUUCAUAUCCUGAAGAAUAAAGGCCGGAAGAGAAAGCUGGAGUCCCUGGAUGCCUCAGAGCCUGAGGUGAGGGCUGAGGACUGCUGGGAGCUACAGAUCAGCCCAGAGCUACUGGCCCGUGGGCGCCAAAAAAUACUGGAUCUGCUGAAUGAAGGCUCAGCCCGGGAUCUGCGCAGCCUACAACGCAUUGGCCCGAAGAAGGCCCAGCUCAUCGUGGGCUGGAGGGAGCUCCACGGCCCCUUCAGCCAGGUGGAGGACCUGGAACUCGUGGAGGGCAUAACCGGGAAACAGAUGGAGUCAUUCCUGAAGGCGAACAUCCUGGGUCUCGCCGCUGGCCAGCGCUGUGGCCCCUCCUGACUGCCGUUUCCUGCAUUUUGUUUUUUUCUUAAUCCUUGUAUAGCCGCGUAUUGUGUAAAUAGAGUUUUUACUCCGGUG